UUUUUUCUCUUGAUUGUCAAACUUUUUGUACUUUUUUGAAUUUUUGUCUGUACGCUUCGGGCACUAAUACAUAAGCUUUUAAGAUUGUGGUCUUGACCUUGUCAUAGUCUGGACUGUCAGCUAUGCCUAGCGCUGAGUACAUAUAACCUGCUUUGCCAGUCAGUACACUUUACAAAGUUAAUCAAACACCUGUGGUCAUUUCAAAUUCUCUGCCACUUUCUUCAAUUGAAUUUUUUUUUUAUUUACUGAUUUUUAUUGAAAUUUUGGAAGUAAUCAAAUACUUUAGCUUCGUAAAACUCAAUCCUGUCAGGUAGAAAUUCAGGUCCGCGCUCUUUCAUUUUCUUUUUUCUCAUUCUCUCUGCUUUCAUUUUUCUCUCUCUGCUCUUUCAUUUUCUAACUUCAUUUUUUUCUCUCGCUCAAAUUGUAUUUUCUCUGUUUCUCUUUCCCCUUCUAUAUUCAGUGUAGGUCAGAAUUUACAUAUAAUUUACAUGCAUUGACAUGAUUUACAAAAGUAUUAUUACAUAUUUGAUGUACAAAGGGAUCUAUUAUGAAAUCAUAGAUACACUGUACUUAAAAGAACUUUAUGAAACCUAUAAGCCCCAAAAGAUUUGCAAAAUUUACAAAAUGUCUCUCAAGUUGUGUAUGAACGGAAUUGAAGCAUAUGACACACACAAGUUUUCUGGAAAUACCGUUUAAAAGUCAAUGUCUGCAUGUUAUCCGUAGAUGUGUCCGGAAUUGUCAUAUAUUAAAUAACUUCAAGUAGGAUGCUCAUUAUAUCUAAACACGUACGACACAAAUGGUGAACUGGUCUACGUAUACAUGUACUUUCGUCGUCAUGCCUCUUAAGUUCCCAGUGAAAAUCUCCACAAAUGAAAUGCACACGGGAGGAGAGCCGGUGAGGAUUGUAGAAAAUGGAUUCCCUAAAAUCCAGGGUCGGACACUUCUUGACAAGAUUAAUCAUAUGAAAAGUGAUUUGGAUGAAUAUAGAAAAUUGUUGAUAUGGGAGCCGCGAGGUCACUUUGAUAUGUAUGGCGUCCUGAUCGUGCCUUCUGAUAUAGAGUCCUGCGAUUUUGCAGCUAUCUUCAUCCAUAAUGAGGGAUACUCCACGAUGUGUGGACACGCUGUAAUAUCCUUGGGACGUUAUGCCAUCGAAAAGGGACUUGUUAAAAAUGUCACAAUUCCAGAAACCCGGAUAAACAUCCAGUGCCCCUGUGGCCCGGUGACUGCUUACGUCACAUAUGACGGUCAGACAACUGGUGACGUCAGAUUCCAAAGUGUUCCAUGCUUCGUCUUCAAAGAAGAUUUACCAGUGGAGGUUCCGGGUUAUGGUAACGUGGUGGUCGACAUUGUUUACGGUGGAGCAUUCUACGCUAUUGUAUCAACUGAACAGUUCGGAUUGCACGUCAGGAAAUCGUCCGUGUCGGAUUUAAAGGCAGCCGCUGGGGCAACGACAGACAUUUUGAGGGCGCAGCUGAAGUUAGCACACCCGGAUACAGAGGGAGUGUCUUUCGUUUAUGGUACGAUCCUGACGGACGGAAACGACGCCUAUUCUGAUGAAGUCACGGACACUAUGUGUGUGUUUGCUGAACGUGAGGUAGAUCGAUCACCAUGUGGAUCUGGGACCUCCGCUAGAAUUGCUCUUCAGUUCUUUAAGAACAAAGUCAAGGUUAACCAGACCAGAACCUUUCGGGGACCUUCUGCUGACACGUUCACAGCAAAAGUCGUCAAAGAGGUCAGCUGUGGAACAUACCCAGCAGUUAUCACUGAGGUGAAAGGUCAUGGGUAUUUUACUGGAAAUUCUACAUUCACUCUAGAAGAAAAUGACGCCAGGGGAAGAGGAUUUUUAUUGCAAUAGAUACAUGUAGGAUGUAAAACCUGGACUCAUAAAAAUCCACAUAGAUGUAGCAGGCAUAUCACUAUUCCAAUCAAUCAUCCUAGUAAGGUGACAUAUCACUAUUCCAAUCAAUCAUCCUAGUAAGGUGACAUAUCACUAUUCCAAUCAAUCAUCCUAGUGAGGUGGCAUAUCACUAUUCCAAUCAAUCAUCCUAGUAAGGUAAGAUAUCACUAUUCCAAUCAAUCAUCCUAGUAAGGUGACAUAUCACUAUUCCAAUCAAUCAUCCUAGUAAGGUGACACAUUACUAUUCCAAUCAAUCAUCCUAGUGAGAUGACAUAUCACUAUUCCAAUCAAUCAUCCUAGUGAGGUGACAUAUCACUAUUCCAAUCAAUCAUCCUAGUAAGGUGACAUAUCACUAUUCCAAUCAAUCAUCCUAGUAAGGUGACAUAUCACUAUUCCAAUCAAUCAUCCUAGUAAAGUGACAUAUCAUUAUUCCAAUCAAUCAUCCUAGUGAGGUGACAUAUCACUAUUCCAAUCAAUCAUCCUAUUGAGGUGGUAUAUCACUAUUCCAAUCAAUCAUCCUAGUGAGGUGACAUAUCACUAUUCCAAUCAAUCACCCUAGUAAGGUGACAUAUCACUAUUUCAAUCAAUCAUCCUAGUCAGGUGACAUAUCACUAUUCCAAUCAAUCAUCCUAGUAAGGUGACAUAUCACUAUUCCAAUCAAUCAUCCUAGUAAGAAGGCAUAUCACUAUUCCAAUCAAUCAUCCUAGUAAGGAGGCAUAUCACUAUUCCAAUCAAUCAUCCUAGUAAGGUAACAUAUCACUAUUCCAACCAAUCAUCCUAGUGAGGUGACAUAUCACUAUUCCAAUCAAUCAUCCUAGUAAGGUGACAUAUCACUAUUCCAAUCAAUCAUCCUAGUAAGGAGGCAUAUCACUAUUCCAAUCAAUCAUCUUAGUGAGGUUACAUAUCACUAUUCCAAUCAAUCAUCCUAGUGAGGUGACAUAUCACUAUUCCAAUCAAUCAUCCUAGUGAGGUGACAUAUCACUAUUCCAAUCAAUCAUCCUAGUAAGAUGACAUAUCACUAUUCCAAUCAAUCAUCCUAGUGAGGUGACAUAUCACUAUUCCAAUCAAUCAUCCUAUUGAGGUGGUAUAUCACUAUUCCAAUCAAUCAUCCUAGUGAGGUGACAUAUCACUAUUCCAAUCAAUCACCCUAGUAAGGUGACAUAUCACUAUUCCAAUCAAACAUCCUAGUGACUUUAAUAUUUGCAUGUGAAAAACACUACAUGAUGUAUAUGUACAAUGUUUGUUAUUUUGGUAUACACAUGUACUCUAUUUGGCAGUUGUUAAAUAAAUAUGUAUGUUUCGAAGAAAUCUUACCCACCAUUAUGAUUUUUCGAAAAAAACAUCACAACUAUAUUCAUUCGAUGUUACUGGAAAGCAAUUCUUAAUUAACAUGAUAACAUUGGUGUGAUGUAAGAAUCAAAUCUGAAGAAAAGGAACGUCCUAUAUUUACAAAUCUAUAUACUAUGCAUAUCCUGUGA